GUCAGAAAAAAGUCAAACACGUGCACAUUUGGACUCUAGUUUUCGGCAGAAAGCUUCCAGCAAAAAAAAAUUAAAAAGAAAAUUGAAUCAACUGUUUAUGAUUUAAGCGUAAAUCAAAGCUUAAAUAUCAUUUGUAAACAAACAGAGCGAGAAGUGAGCACUGUUUGGGUUCGUAUCUGGUUACUCCCUAUUUCCACAUGCUGGGGAUUUUUUCAAUUUGUCACCGGCCAGUGAGCCGUGAUUGGAGCAAGUAGAAGGAUUUAGAGAAAAGUAUGUCCGAGAGUAGCAAGACCCAGUUGUCAAUGGAUGAACUCGACACCACUGAGAAUUCGGCUGCCAGUCAAGGCAACAUAUCCAGGGAACUGGCCCACAAAAUCUGGCGGGUGACUCCCAGUGAUAUUUCGCUGGGUAUUCCGGAACCCACCGUCCCAACAUACCCCUUCAUCGGAGGUGUCGACUGGGGAUCAGGGGGAUCGUCCAGCAGCAAGCAUCCUGCGAAUGACGCGGCCACCGCCUUCAUAAGUGAGGUGGAACGGGCUCUGUACGCCGACAGUACUGGAUAUCCGGAGAAUGGCACCCCCAACUACUUCAAGGCUGCCGAAAACUACGCGAUUUAUGGUGACAAUUUUCUCGACUUUCCCAAAGACACAUCCACUUGUUUUGCGGGUCUAGGAUCGACUGGUAGAUCGACCUCCAACCCGCCUCCGGGAUUCGAGCGAUCCGCCCGAUCGUCGGCCCUCUACGAACGCAGACAGACACCAUCCCAGGCAGGAUCGGCGUCCACUCCUAACUUUUCAGGGCAUCAACAUCAACAAUAUCGGCAGCAGUCGCAGCAACAGCAACAGCGUCACACAGGCACCGACUGCAAUAACAAUAACCAUAACGCCAACACCAACACCAACCCCAACCCCAACCCCAACCCCAACCACAACCACAAUCCCAACAGCAGAAUCUCAGGAAGCAACAUUAAUGAGAUCCCGUUUCCUCAGAUCUAUCAUCAGUUGUUCAGCCAAUCGCCUUCGCAGGCCCAGUCGAGUUCCUCGCACCACCAGCACCCGAACCACUCGCACAACCAGCAACAUUCGGGAGCGUCUCAAUCUCCGCAGCAGCAGCACCACCACCAGCAACACCAUCAGCAACGGGGUGGAGGAGGAGCAGCCAGUGGCGGAGACCACCUUGGCGGACAUCCGCCCACCAACGAAAUAAGCUUGUCGCAGUUGUACCAGCAACUAAUGGCCCGUAAUCUGCGAACCAAUCACCUACACCAACACCAGCAGCAACAGCAGCAAACCAACUCGAAUGCGGCGGCCGCUGCCAUGAUCUAUGCCAAUCUGGAGCUCCAGCAGCAGAUGCAGCUGCGUCAGUUGCAAUUGCAGCAACUGCACCAGCAGCAACAGCAACAUUCUCGCUUGCCGAGGGGCAUUUACGGAGGCAACAACGGCCAAGGAACCGGAGGAGCUGUGCCCCCCACUGGUGGCAAGGAACCUCCAACUGGCAAUCAUAAAUAAGGUCAGACAGUCAAAUAACAAUUACAAAAUUCUUUGUCCCAAUUA